GAGGAACAGCCAUGCGCGGAAAAACGGAGCCGCUCACGCCCAAGACUUUGGAAUCGAACCCAAAACUCUCUAAACAAAAAAACACCGCACAACUACUCCUCUAACCCUAGUUAAUUUUUAACCCCAUCACUCUUCUCUUUUUGUCUAUAUAUACGGUUCUCUCAUUCACCAUCGAAGCUUCAGUUCUCUCUCUUUUCUUCCAUUUUCUCUUCUCGUAAGUCCGGAAAACUCAUCAUUGUAAUCUUUGCCGGCCUUUAUAUGAUUCUUUAUAUUAAAAAUUAACCGGAAAAGAAUAAAAAGAUUGCAAGUUCAACUGAGUUGAGGUAUGAGUUGUAACGGGUGCCGAGUUCUACGAAAGGGUUGCAGCGAGUCGUGUAUUUUGCGUCCGUGUUUGCAGUGGAUUGAGAGACCUGAGGCACAGGGCCACGCCACGGUUUUUGUAGCGAAAUUCUUUGGCCGUGCCGGUCUCAUGUCCUUCAUUUCGGCCGUUCCUGAAUCUCAACGUCCUGCUUUGUUUCAAUCUUUGUUGUUUGAAGCGUGUGGAAGAACUGUGAAUCCUGUGAAUGGAGCCGUAGGGCUUUUGUGGACAGGAAACUGGCCCCUGUGUCAGGCGGCGGUGGAGGCUGUUCUAAACGGACGGACGAUACGUCCCAUACCGGAGCUCCUCUACGCCGGAUCCUUAAUCCAGGCUUCCGAUGAAGUGUCUGAAGCUGAAGUGACUCAUUCUACAGACAUGUGGAAGUUAAAGAAUCCAUUUCCUAAUUCUCACUCCAGGUUUUCCAGUUCAAGAUCCAAAGCAGUACCCAAACGUAAGCGAUCGGAGGAAGCAAUCACCACAAAGCUUCAAACAUCAGAUCUGGAUCUUUGCUUAACACCAAAUCUCACAAAUCAAGUAAUUACGCCAUGUAAGAAGCCGGAAAUAAUCAGACGGCGGGGAGGAACUCCGUCAAUAAACUCAGAGGAGUCAGUUACCACCACGUGUUUUGGUGAAAGUGGACUAGGAAAUCAUCAGUAUCUCAAUGGAGGAGGCGAUGAAAUGAAGCUGCUAAACUUGUUUGUUUAAAGAACGUUUUGCUUUGUUAGCUCUGUGAAUUAACGUUCACCAAGAGAAUGUAGUAUUCUUAAUUUUUGGGACAAUUUUCCUGGAAUAUAUCAGAUUCCGGCGAGUUUUUGUAAUUACCGGUUGAGGAUUCUCUUCACAUAUGAAGAGAGAAAUAUGAAUUAGCCGGUAAUGACUGAAUUUCUGUCUCUGUUUUUUUUUUUUUAAAAAUCCUCUGUGUUAUAUUAUUAAAUAUAUGACCUGAAUAAAAUGGAACUAUUGGUGGGAA